CGAGGAAGCCGCCGCCCCCGGCCGGUUCCCUCCUCCCCACCCCCUUCCCCCGACCGGGUGCCGCCGCCGAGAUUGGGCGAAUAGCGAGCAAAUACGUGCGCGUCUCGCUGCCUCCUCCGGCCGCCCGCUCCCUGCCCGCCGGAGCCCAGCCGCAGCCCCCCGAGGCUGGUGCCCAGGCCCCGCCGCUGCCCAGGCUCUGCCGCCCCUCCGCCCCCUGCCCUCCCAACACAGGCCUGCAGCCCCCUGCAGGAAAGGCCCAGGCCGCCGCCGCGGAGCCACAGCCCCAGCCCGACAUGAACCACCACCAGCAGCAACACCAGAAGCCCGGGGAGCAGCAGCUGAGCGAGCCCGAGGACAUGGAGAUGGAAGCUGGAGAUACAGAUGAUCCACCAAGAAUUACUCAAAAUCCUGUCAUCAAUGGGAAUGUAGCUAUGGCCGAUGGACACAACAAUACAGAAGAAGACAUGGAAGAUGACACAAGUUGGCGAUCAGAAGCAACGUUUCAGUUUACAGUUGAGCGUUUCAGCAGGCUCAGUGAGUCAGUCCUCAGUCCUCCUUGCUUUGUACGGAAUUUGCCGUGGAAGAUUAUGGUGAUGCCACGACUGUACCCAGACAGACCACACCAAAAAAGUGUAGGAUUCUUUCUUCAGUGCAAUGCUGAAUCUGAUUCCACGUCAUGGUCUUGCCAUGCACAGGCAGUUCUCAAGAUAAUAAAUUACAAGGACGAUGAAAAAUCAUUCAGUCGUCGUAUUAGUCACUUGUUCUUUCAUAAGGAGAAUGACUGGGGCUUUUCCAACUUUAUGGCAUGGAGUGAAGUUACUGAUCCUGAAAAAGGAUUUAUAGAGGACGACAAGGUUACUUUUGAAGUUUACGUUCAAGCGGAUGCUCCACACGGAGUGGCGUGGGAUUCAAAGAAGCACACGGGAUAUGUUGGGUUAAAGAACCAGGGAGCAACCUGUUACAUGAACAGUUUAUUACAGACUUUAUUUUUCACAAAUCAACUACGAAAGGCUGUGUACAUGAUGCCCACAGAAGGAGAUGACUCAUCCAAAAGUGUUCCUUUAGCAUUGCAGAGAGUAUUCUAUGAACUUCAGCACAGUGACAAACCAGUAGGAACUAAAAAGCUAACAAAAUCCUUUGGGUGGGAAACUUUAGACAGUUUCAUGCAACAUGAUGUUCAGGAAUUAUGUCGAGUGUUGCUUGAUAAUGUGGAAAAUAAAAUGAAAGGCACGUGUGUAGAAGGCACUAUCCCUAAAUUAUUCAGAGGAAAGAUGGUGUCUUACAUUCAAUGCAAACACGUAGACUAUCGGUCUGAACGAAUAGAGGAUUAUUAUGACAUCCAGCUAAGUAUAAAGGGAAAGAAAAAUAUAUUUGAGUCCUUCAUUGAUUAUGUUGCAGUAGAACAGCUGGAUGGUGAUAACAAAUACGAUGCAGGAGAACAUGGCUUGCAGGAGGCAGAGAAAGGUGUGAAGUUCUUAACAUUGCCACCAGUGUUACAUCUUCAGCUCAUGAGAUUUAUGUAUGACCCUCAAACUGACCAAAACAUCAAGAUAAAUGAUAGGUUUGAAUUUCCUGAACAGUUGCCACUUGAUGAAUUUUUACAAAAAACAGACCCUAAAGAUGCUGCAAAUUACAUCCUUCAUGCAGUACUAGUACAUAGUGGAGAUAACCAUGGCGGACAUUAUGUUGUUUACUUAAAUCCUAAAGGGGAUGGCAAAUGGUGUAAAUUUGAUGAUGAUGUUGUAUCGAGAUGUACAAAGGAAGAAGCAAUCGAACACAAUUAUGGAGGUCAUGAUGAUGACUUAUCCGUUCGGCACUGUACUAAUGCUUACAUGUUGGUUUACAUCAGGGAAUCAAAAUUAAGUGAAGUUUUGCAACCUGUCACAGACCAUGAUAUUCCUCAACAAUUAGUAGAACGGCUACAAGAAGAAAAGAGAAUAGAAGCUCAAAAGAGGAAGGAGAGGCAGGAAGCUCACCUCUACAUGCAAGUGCAGAUAGUGACAGAGGACCAGUUCUGUGGCCACCAAGGCAAUGAUAUGUAUGAUGAAGAAAAAGUGAAAUAUACUGUGUUCAAAGUAUUAAAAAACUCCACACUUGCAGAAUUUGUUCAAAACCUGUCUCAAACAAUGGGAUUUCCACAGGAUCAAAUACGGUUGUGGCCGAUGCAAGCUAGAAGUAAUGGAACUAAACGACCAGCGAUGUUAGAUAAUGAAGCGGAUGGCAAUAAAACUAUGAUUGAGCUCAGUGACAAUGAAAAUCCAUGGACAAUAUUCCUGGAAACAGUAGAUCCAGAGAUGGCAGCUACUGGGGCAACAUUACCCAAGUUUGAUAAAGAUCAUGAUGUAAUGUUGUUUCUGAAGAUGUAUGAUCCAAAAACUCGGAGUUUGAAUUACUGUGGACAUAUCUACACACCUAUAUCCUGUAAAAUACGUGACUUGCUUCCAGUUAUGUGUGAGAGAGCAGGAUUUCCCCAAGAAACUAACCUUAUCCUCUAUGAGGAAGUUAAACCGAAUUUAACAGAGAGAAUUCAAGACUAUGAUGUAUCUCUUGAUAAGGCUCUUGAUGAACUCAUGGAUGGUGACAUCAUAGUGUUUCAGAAGGAUGACCCAGAAAAUGAUAACAGUGAACUGCCAACAGCAAAAGAAUACUUCAGAGACCUUUACCACCGUGUUGAUGUCAUUUUCUGUGAUAAAACUAUCCCCAAUGAUCCCGGAUUUGUUGUUACUUUGUCCAAUAGAAUGAAUUACUUUCAGGUUGCGAAGACUGUUGCACAAAGACUUAAUACAGACCCAAUGCUACUACAGUUUUUCAAGUCCCAAGGUUAUAGGGAUGGCCCAGGUAAUCCUCUUAGACAUAAUUAUGAAGGUACUUUAAGAGAUCUCCUGCAGUUCUUCAAACCUAGACAACCUAAAAAACUUUAUUAUCAGCAGCUUAAAAUGAAAAUUACUGACUUUGAAAACAGAAGAAGUUUUAAGUGCAUAUGGCUAAAUAGCCAAUUUAGGGAAGAGGAAAUAACACUAUAUCCAGAUAAACAUGGGUGUGUACGGGACCUGUUAGAAGAAUGUAAAAAAGCAGUAGAACUCUGUGAGAAAGGUUCGGGAAAACUAAGGCUUCUAGAAAUUGUAAGCUAUAAAAUAAUUGGUGUCCAUCAGGAAGAUGAGCUGUUAGAGUGUUUAUCACCAGCAACAAGUCGAACGUUUCGAAUAGAGGAAAUCCCUCUGGACCAGGUAGAUAUAGAUAAGGAAAAUGAGAUGCUAAUCACAGUAGCACAUUUCCACAAAGAGGUUUUUGGGACAUUUGGAAUUCCAUUCUUGCUGAGGAUACACCAGGGUGAACACUUCAGAGAGGUGAUGAAGCGGAUUCAAACAAUGCUGGACAUCCAAGAAAAAGAAUUUGAAAAGUUUAAGUUUGCCAUUGUAAUGAUGGGUCGACACCAAUACCUAAAUGAAGAUGAGUAUGAAGUGAACUUGAAAGAUUUUGAGCCCCAACCCGGCAACAUGUCUCAUCCAAGGCCAUGGCUAGGGCUUGACCAUUUCAAUAAAGCCCCAAAGAGAAGUCGCUACACUUACCUUGAAAAAGCUAUUAAAAUCCAUAACUGACUUACCCAACCAGCUUGUUCAAGGCAAGGGACAAAUAUCAGUGUGUGUGUGCACCUUUUUAACAACAGUAGAACUUUGGUACACGUGCACUAUAUCUGAAGUCUUCAGCAAGAGGAUUUGCUGCUGAUGUUAAUUUUAUUUUGUUGAGGCUGUUCAGUUUGGCUUCUCUGUAUCUAUUGACUGCCCUUUUUGAGCAAAAUGAAGGUGUUUUUAUAAAGCUUGGAUGCCAAUGAGAGUUAUUUUAUGGUAAACGUAAUGCAAGGCAAUUGUCAGCAUAAUGAGGGAAGAGUUUAGUAGAACAGUUGACAUUGGCAAAAUAUUUGUCUGUAGUACGUUUAUAGAUGGCAUAAGCUGUCUGGCUGCCCUUCCUGGUGUGGUACUCCCCAUCACUGCAGCUAGUAAGUCUUAUGUUUAGACUCACAUCAGAUUUAUUUCCUUCAGUUAUACUUUAAAUGACAUUUUUGUGCAUUUGUAAAUGCAAAAAAACUCACAUCAUCAAUAAAUAGCAAUCUCUACUUCAUUGUGUACAUUGUUGGCACUUAUUCGGGAUUUUUGCCUCCUCCAGCUUCAUAGGAUCCUUUUUUAAUAAACUAGUUCCUAUGUUGUUCUGUCGCUACCUUGCAUCCCAUUUUGCCAAGUGGAUGCUCUGGGUCCUAAAAGAUAUUUGGGUAUUUUUAUUAAAUUUAAAAACAUUGACAAAUACCAUUGAGGAUUACUAUGCUGCCUUUUGACAAAUAGAAUGACACUCAAAGUUGGCAAAAGCAGGUGAAAGGAUUAUAAAUAUAAUUAAUUUAGUUAACAUGGGAAGAGAUGGGGGGAAAAAACACAAGAAAUAGCCUUUCAGCACAGAGGGCAUGCUCACUAGUGUUUAGUAAGCUGUUGACUUUGUAAAAAAAACAAAAAACGGGAAAAAAAAAUUAAAAAAAACUGAAAUUGUAUAUUUAAUGAACAUGUACAAUUUAACACUUGGAGGUUAAUUUUGUUGGGUGAGUCUGCAAGUGAAUUUCACUGAUGUUGAUAUUCAUUGUGUGUAGUUUUAUUUCAGUCCCCAGACUGCUUCCUUUUCUUUUGGAGCUAAUGCCAGCUGAGUGUCUAGUUUUGAGUGCAGUACAAAUAGAAUCAGCAAUUCACACUUAUAAUUUUACAUUCUUUUCCAGUACUUUAUUUUGUUUCUGUAGCCGCAGUGUACAACAACUCUUCCUGUAUAUUGCCUUUUUUGCUGGAAAAUGUUGUAUGUUGAAUAAAAUUUUCUAUAAAAUUUUA